AUGGACUGUACAAUUUCGCAGCAAAUAAACCAGUUACAUCAACCGUGUUCACCUGAGCAACUUCAGUGUCAUCCUAAUGAUUUAAGAACAUCUCCCAGAAGCGUCGAUUGCUACUCCUCGGAAGGCGAUCAUCCUCUGGCUCUAUGUUUACCACCUUCCCAAACUCUAAUACAAGCGUCCAGAACUCCACCUCCUUCAUGGAAUAUCGCUACGAAAAAAGGAACUCCGGGACUUAUAUGCGUGGUUUGCGGGGAUACCAGUUCUGGAAAGCAUUACGGUAUUCUGGCUUGCAACGGGUGCUCGGGGUUCUUCAAGAGGUCUGUUAGAAGGAAACUAAUCUAUAGGUGUCAAGCAGGAACCGGCAGGUGUAUAGUGGAUAAGGCGCACAGAAAUCAAUGUCAAGCAUGCAGACUCAAGAAAUGUUUGUCUAUGGGAAUGAACAAAGAUGCUGUUCAAAACGAAAGGCAACCAAGGAACACGGCCACCAUUCGUCCAGAAACGCUGCGAGACAUGAGCGCCGAACAAGAACGGGCCCUGAGAGAAGCCGCCGUCGCUGUGGGAGUAUUCGGUCCUCCAGUGUCUUUAACCAUGGCUUUCAACCCUGCGAGGUACACCAAUACCUUUUUACCGUCCGUACCCCAUUCGACGUUAGCCAAUAUAGAACCGUCACCAAAAGAUGCAGCCAGCGAUAACGACGAAGAAAGUAUAGACGUGACGAACGAGGAGGACGAUACCCCUUCGUCGGGGUGUGCCGUAUCGUCGAGUAGCGGACCUCUGAGGCCGGAGCCCCAUCCGCCGUCAAUGCCGGGUCUGUAUCCAUCGACGCAAGAGACCAUUCACGAGACGUCAGCUCGGCUGCUUUUCAUGGCCGUCAAGUGGGCUAAAAAUUUGCCUAGUUUUGCUAGUUUGCCAUUUAGAGAUCAGGUUAUCCUCUUGGAAGAAACCUGGAGCGAAUUGUUUCUGUUAAACGCAAUCCAAUGGUGCAUGCCGUUGGAUAUAUCCGGCUGUCCCUUAUUCAGUAUAAACGAGCACACGAAAAACGGUCAUUCCGCAACAGAUAUCAAAUUCUUAGGAGACACGCUGUUGAGGUUCAAAGGAAUUCACGUCGAUCCAGCGGAGUUUGCCUGUUUGAAGGCUAUCGUUUUAUUUCGAGCAGAAACAAGAGGCCUAAAAGACCCGAGUCAAAUAGAAAAUUUACAAGACCAAGCGCAGGUCAUGCUCUGGCAACACUGCAGAACGCAACUUCCGGGUCAGGUAGCUAGAUUCGGACGCCUACUUCUUAUGUUGCCUUUGUUGAGAUUGGUGCCAGCGCUGAGGAUAGAAACGAUAUUUUUUCAAAAAACCAUCGGCAAUACGCCCAUGGAGAAAGUGUUAUGUGACAUGUAUAAAAAUUAA